AUGAUGAAUGAUGAUCAGAUUGUAAUUAUUUUGGUUAUUAUAAAAGUUGUUAUACUUGCAUUAAUAUCUAUUGGAUCAAUUUUAUAUGCUUUACCACUUUGUUUCAAUCAACGUUUUUAUACUUCUAUUCAUCUGUUUACUCUUAAUAUAUGUAUUACUAUAUUUCUAUGUGCUACAUUUUGGAUGAUUUAUUUUUUCAUGAACACAUUUUAUUCGAAUAUCUUAUGGACUGAACAAUCAUGUUUAUUAAUACUUUAUUUGCAAACGAUGGUUAAUUGUCAAUUUCUUUAUGCUUUAUGCAUUGUUUCAUUAAAUCGAUUAAUUGCUAUUUUAAAUCUACAUAAAAGAUUAUUUCGAACAAAAACAUGGAUUAUUAGAUGCAUUAUUGUUCAAUGGAUAACUGGAAUACUAUUGCCAUUACCUCAGUUUGAUUCAAGUCUUAUGCAUUGUUUAAUAUCAGGUCUUGACCUUAACUAUCAAAUAUAUGCAUUAUGUAUUAGUGGCAUAUUGCCUGCCAUACUGUUAGCUGUGACAAAUAUUAUUAUUUUUAAGUUUGUUCAUCAUUCAACACGUCGUGUUCAACCAAUGAAUAAUAAUGAUAAUACUAUAUUAGUUACUACUCUAAGUCAACGUUAUAUCCGUUUAUUAAAACAUAUAAUUUUUAUGUUUGUAAUAUUAAUUUGCGGGUGGAUACCUGCGUAUAUUGUCGGAGCAAUUGAUUGGGAUGGAACCGCUAUAUCUUAUGUUGUAUUUCAUGGUAUUACAAUGUUACCAUGUAUAAGUUUAAUCAUCAAUGUAAUUGACUUAUUUAUUUUUAAUCGUAAAUUACGAAAAUAUUUUCUUAACAUACUUCGUAAUAAUCGAAACUAA